CAAAAGAAGAAGAGAAGGUUACAGUACAGUACAGACACAACACAAGAUCUCAGCACUUCUUGCUGGCUUAACCAGCAACCUUUUCUCUCUCUCUCUCUCUCUCUCUCUCUCUCUCUCUCUCUCUCUCUCUCUCUUAUUAUACUUCUAUUUUCAUUCUCUCUCUCUCAUUGUUUCAAUUUUUUCUCUUCCACUGUUUCUAACUGAACUAUUUUUCUGAAUUAACCGGCGAAAGCACUGUCACUCUAUUUCGCCGGAGAAAAAAACCUCACUAUUUUCUAAAUUAUCCGGCGAAACCAAUGCGACCCCAUUUUUAGAAUCUCACUGUAAGAUACUCCUUCGCCUGAAAAUCAUUUCUUUUCUCAUAUUUCCGGCAAAACCAAAACGACCCAGUAUCCAGAAAAGCUCACUUUUUACGAUUUUCCGGCGACCCAUUUCAUAGCAACACACACUGAGCGUAUUAUUUGUCGACAAUGUCGAUCUUCGAUGGAGCUUUCAUCAACACACAACUCUCCAAACACACAUCGAUCUUCGGUCUCCGUUUAUGGGUCGUCAUCGGAAUCUUAAUCGGAGUUCUCAUCGUCUUCAUCCUCUUCCUCAUCUCCCUCUGUGUAGUUUCUCGCCGUCGCCACCGCCGUACCGGCGACUACAAAACCACCGGAGCCACACCAGCGAAGGAAAUCCAAAAUAUCGUACACAUUCCAGGACCCCACAUGCUCCGGCGACCGGCGCCGGCGAAAGUACCGGAGAUCCACGUGGACAUCGGAAGACCUGAACACAGGGUUGUUGUUAAAUCAGAUAGGGUUUCAAGUGGUGAAAGUAAGGGAACAGUGGGAAGUGGGUGCGAAACGACGUCGUCUUUUGGAAGUGGUAGUGUUGGUGGGAUUGGACCUGAGGUAUCACAUCUUGGAUGGGGAAGAUGGUACACUUUGAGAGAACUUGAAGAUGCUACUGGUGGUUUGUGUCCUGAAAAUAUUCUUGGUGAAGGUGGUUAUGGUAUUGUUUAUCAUGGUGUCCUCACUGAUGGUACUAAAGUUGCUGUCAAAAACCUCUUGAAUAACAAGGGUCAAGCUGAGAAAGAAUUCAAAGUAGAGGUUGAAGCAAUUGGUCGAGUACGACACAAAAAUCUUGUCAGGUUGCUUGGAUAUUGUGUUGAAGGGGCCUACAGGAUGCUUGUGUAUGAAUAUGUAAACAAUGGCAAUCUAGAACAGUGGCUGCAUGGGGAUGUUGGACCUGUAAGCCCUUUGACAUGGGAAAUUCGCAUGAAUGUUAUAUUGGGAACAGCAAGAGGAUUGGCCUAUCUUCAUGAGGGUCUUGAGCCGAAGGUUGUUCACCGGGAUGUGAAAUCAAGCAACAUCCUUCUUGAUCGUCAAUGGAACUCCAAGGUUUCUGAUUUCGGGCUUGCUAAGCUUUUGUGUUCCGAGAAUAGUUAUGUCACAACUCGAGUAAUGGGGACAUUUGGUUAUGUUGCACCGGAAUAUGCCUGCACUGGAAUGUUGACCGAGAAGAGUGAUGUUUAUAGCUUUGGGAUACUUAUCAUGGAGAUAAUUACUGGGAGAAGUCCUGUUGAUUAUGGCAGACCACAAGGAGAGGUAAAUUUAAUUGAGUGGUUGAAGACUAUGGUUGGUAAUCGAAAAGCUGAGGAAGUAGUUGAUCCAAAGCUACCUGAGAUUCCAUCUUCAAAGGCUCUUAAACGCGCUCUAUUAAUUGCUCUUCGUUGCGUUGAUCCUGACGCAACAAAGAGGCCUAAAAUGGGACAUGUCAUUCACAUGCUUGAGGCAGACGACCUGUUAUUCCAUAAUGAACGCAAAAGCGGGGGAGGAGAGUCUUCGCGAUCCCUUAAUGAUUUUCAACAAGAGCAUGAAGACUCAAAUUUGGAUAAGAGAACAGAUGAAGGAAUCAGUGUUCAAAGUGAACAUGGUAGUGGUAGAAAUAAUUAUCAAUCCACUAGGGGGAGAUAAAAAUAGUCUCAUAAAAUUUAAUAGAAUUAUGUGUUUUAGUUUUAUUUUAUUUUUUUAUAUCUUUAGUAGUUUGCUGUUAUUUAUUUAUCUCAAUUUUUAAAAGUGAAAGCAGUAUCUGCUUAUUUAUUUUUCUCAUUACACAAAAUUUCCCACUGAUUUCGAUUCAUAUUCAAGUGUAUACUGUGAUUCGUUAUUAUAAAAUAAAAUAAAAUGUUCAUGACA